UAAAGUUAAUCAGGAAAUUCAUCAAGUAACACAAAGGUCAAUGGCUUUUGUACAUGAAUCUUUGCAUCUUCUAUUGUUUUUCUUAUCCCUCUCAACAUGUUGUUUGCCAUCAUCAAUUAGCAACACUUAUAAAACUACAACACUAGCUCCUUCAACUUCCAAACCUCAUAAAUUGGUUUCAAAACUCAUUCAUUAUAAUUCUAUUCACCAUCCACGCUACAAUCCAAACGAAACAGCCAAAGACCAAAUGAAACUUGACAUCAAACACUCGAUUACGCGUUUAACCUACUUGAAAGCAAGGAUCGAAGGUUCGUUAGUCUCUAAUAAUGAUUAUAGAUCUUCUCUUUCCCCGUCAUUAACCGGUAGAACCAUACUAGCCAAUCUUUCAAUAGGCCAACCUCCCGUCCCACAAUUACUCAUCAUGGACACCGCGAGUUAUAUCUUUUGGACAAUGUGCACCCCUUGCACAAGUUGUAUCCAAUAUCCAGGUCAAAUUUUCGAUCCUUCAAAGUCUUCGACCUAUUCUCCAUCAUGCAGAGAACCAUGUUACUUUGACAACUGCAAAUGCAACCUCACCAAUCAGAGGACAUAUAGCAUCCGUUACGCGGACAAAUCCUUCUCAUCAGGAACAGUUGGCAGUGACGUAAUAGUCUUUGAGACGGGUGACGAAGGUAUCACCCGUGUAAACAAGAUAGAUUUCGGGUGUGCUCAUAACGUUAUAUAUAAUUCGGAUCAAGGGUACAAUGGAGUAUUAGGGUUAGGAUUAAACAGUGGACGUUUGUCUUUGGCCGCACAAAUAGGUAAAAAAUUCUCUUACUGUAUCGGUACCUUAGCCGACAAGUAUUAUAAUUACAACCAAUUAAUAUUAGGUGAAGGAGCAAAUCUUGAAGGUUAUACCACACAUUUCGAAGUGCAUUAUGGAUUAAACUAUGUAACCAUGGAAGGCAUAAGUGUAGGAGAAAAGAGUCUUGACAUAGAUCCUAGUAUUUUUGAGAUCAAGAAGAAUGGCACAGGUGGAGUUAUCAUUGACACAGGUAGUACAUUCUCCUAUUUUGUUGAUGAUGUGUAUAAAUUACUAUAUAACGAGAUUCAAAACCUAUUUCAAGGGUCUCUUCAACAAGCUAGAGUUCCAAAAUUUCCAUGGAUGCUUUGUUACUUUGGGAGUAUAAGUAGGGACCUGAUAGGAUUUCCAGUGGUUACAUUCCAAUUUGCUGGAGGAGCAGAUUUAGUGUUAGACUCAUUAAGCUUUUUUCAACAAAUGGGGGAUCAUGUGUUUUGUAUGACUAUAAGUCCAAUUAGUGAGAUUGGCAUUGAUGUUUCAGUUAUUGGGUUAUUUGCUCAACAGAGUUACAAUGUGGGUUAUGACCAAGGUAAUGGCCUUAUUUACUUCCAAAGAAUUGAUUGUGAACUUCUUAGUAGUUGA